AUGGCUGAUGAUACAGAAGUGCGGAGUGGUGCUGUUGUAAUUUCAGCUAAUAAUAGUUCUAAAAAAGUAUUUUCAGGUGGUUCCAAACGUCGAGUGGCCAAUCAAAUUCCUGAAGAUAUUUUAAAUAACCCAGAUCUUCAAAAUGCUGUCGAAAAGCUACCAAAAAAUUAUAACUUUGAAAUCUAUAAAAGUGUAUGGAAGAUCAAAAGUUCUGGAUCAAAAAGGGUUGCUCUCCAGUUUCCAGAAGGCCUCCUUAUUUAUGCCUGUGUUAUAUCAGAUAUCAUAAAACAAUUUACUGGUGCUGAGACAUUGAUUAUGGGUGAUGUCACAUAUGGAGCUUGUUGUGUUGAUGAUUUCACUGCCAAAGCUUUAGGAGCUGAUUUCAUGAUACAUUAUGGUCAUAGCUGUUUAAUUCCAAUCAGUGCUACAGAAGGAAUCCAAAUGUUGUAUGUGUUUGUAGACAUAAAGAUUGAUAAUGUUCACUUUGUGGAAACAGUUAAAUACAAUUUUCAACCUGAUACACGUCUUGCUUUGGUCAGUACUAUCCAAUUUGUUGCAACUCUUCAGGGAGUUGCCAAGGAGUUGAGAGAAACAUUUUCUGUAGUGAUCCCUCAAGUGAAGCCUUUGUCCCCUGGUGAAAUUCUUGGUUGUACUUCACCCAAACUGGAAGAUGUUGAUGCAUUGAUAUAUCUUGGAGAUGGACGAUUCCAUUUAGAAUCUAUUAUGAUAGCCAAUCCACAUGUGUCUGCAUACAGGUAUGAUCCAUACAGUAAGGUAUUUUCUCAUGAAAAAUAUGAUCACAGUAAAAUGCAUGCGAUAAGACAGAAAGCCAUUUCUGUUGCUAGAGAAGCAGAAACUGUUGGCAUCAUCUUAGGAACCUUGGGAAGACAAGGAUCCCCCAAAAUUCUUGAGACAUUGAAGGAAUCUCUGAAAAGCCAAGGCAAGAAAUAUAUCAUUGUGUUGCUCUCAGAAAUAUUCCCAGACAAAUUAAAGCUGUUCCUUACUGUCGAUGCAUGGGUUCAAAUUGCUUGUCCUCGCCUGUCAAUUGACUGGGGCAUGGCCUUUGAGAAACCUGUCUUAACACCUUAUGAGAUGUCUGUUGCUCUUCAGCAAGUUUCUUGGCAAGAACGCUACCCGAUGGACUUUUAUGCUAAUGAUAGUCUUGGAUCAUGGACACCCAACAAUGAAAAGCAUCGCCCAGCUCGUCCUGUUCUUUUUUUGUUUCAUCCUAUUAUUGUUGUUGUUGUUUCUCCUACCCCGCCUCUCUCUCUCUCUCUCUCUGACAGUAAUGAUGAUUCUUAUUUGCUCCUUUCUACACUCCUUUUUUCUCCUAUAUAA